UGUUGCCCCAAAGCAUCCAGUUUGCUGCGUGAGAUCAUCGAGUGAGGUUGUGUGUCGCUAUUUGACCGUCGGAUUGCCUUUUAACAACAAAACGCGCGCGCUCGUUAGCUUCAUCGUUUGACUUGCUUUCAGUUUUUGGCGGUUUGAAGAUCGAGUUCCCCUUCUUUCAACGUUACUGCUACUAGGGACGAUCGUUCACUGUUGUUUAUUGGCUAUACAGCAGAGCGCUGCUUUCGACGACUAAACAGCAGCUGCAGUAACAGAACGCAGUGAGAGCAAAGUUGUGAAACCUGAUACGAAAAAUAUCGAAAAUAUUCUCCCGUAAGCUGUUUUUGGAAUCGUGAAAUUUUUAAAGAUUGAUUUACGCUUUAAAACUAGCUUUUUAUUCACUAUCAAAGUGCAACUUCACUGCAUCCGCCACAAAUAGCAUCAUCACCAUCACCAGCAGCCAGCGGCGGAAAAACGACGACCGCUUUCCCGCGCAAUGGGAUGCGACUGUGAAUCAUGCAUAGCGAAAUCGCUACUAUCAGUGUUCAAUUUUGUGUUCUUCGUUCUCGGAUCGAUUGUUCUAGGUGUGGGAAUAUGGCUCGUGGCAGACAAAUCAUCGUUCAUAGCGCUAUUGAAAAUGGUUGAAAGUGAUCAGCUUGAGCACUUUACUCAACCAGCGGUGAUAGAACAAUUGGCGUACUUUCUGAUCGCCAUCGGAGCGGUGAUGUUCUUCCUCAGUUUUCUCGGAUACUGCGGUGCGCUUCGGGAAAGUCAGUGCCUUCUAACUACGUAUGGACUUUUUGUACUGGUACUGCUGAUUCUGGAGGUUACUGCCUGUGGCCUAGCGGCUGCCUACAAAGAUAACGCCAAGACGGAAACGAAAAACUAUUUGCAGACGACAAUUUCCAAGUACUACUCGAGCAACGAUCGCAACCAAUCGGAUGCCGUCACGCUGAUGUGGAACUAUUUGAUGUCCGAGAUGCACUGCUGCGGGGUCGACGACUAUAAAGACUUCAACUUGUCGGACAAGUGGAACGAGAGCAAGGGCAGCCGGGUCAUCCCGGAGGCGUGCUGCACGCAAACGUCUCUAUUUGAGCUGUUGGACAAGAAUUGUCCAUACUCGCCAUCCGAUAGCAAUAGCUAUUACAAGAAGGGCUGUUACAACUCACUUAUCGACUGGAUCAUGAACAACCGAAAUUUAGUAAUCAUCGUGGCCAUCGGAGUGGGUCUAGUACAACUGCUGGCAAUAUUCCUAGCGUUCUGUUUAUGCAAGUCAAUCGAAAAGUAUCGAGGAAUGCGAUUGUAAGUCAGCAUAACCGGAGGAGAAAAGCUGUAAAUCAUCACAAACAGGUCAAAAAAUACAAACCGGCAAAGAGACUGCAGCCCAAAUGGAGUAGAGUUUCGAAUCUCGAGAAUGAAAUCGUGGAAUUAUGUUCAAAAGGUGUAACAUUAGGCCCCCCGUAUUUAGAUAAGAAAACAUUGUUUGAUCAUAAGGAAAAGGUGAUCGAACGUACAAGUGCACUUUUACUAUACACAACUAUUAUAGGAGUAAAGCAGAUACCGCUGGUCGAAGCAAACACUCGAGACAGUCAUUCACAAAAGUAGCGGUUAAGUUUUCGUGAAGCGGAGAAAAUUUUUCUGUUUCGAUGUAAGUUUUAUUUUCUUCUUCAAUCAGCUCCGAGUGCAAAAGUCUGUAUGUAUAAAAAAAAAACAGUUGAAGUGUGGAUUCUUUUUACACAUCAUGCUUUAUUGAGACAUCAUCUAUCAUGGGUUGUGUAGUAUAAAUUCGGAUAUUCGAUUUUAUAGUUACGAUAAUCAAUUGUUUUUUGUUUAAAUGUUAAGAAAAAUAAAUAAAAUAAUUUAAUACAACAAAA